UGUGACGUCAGCCGCCCGCCGUGGCUCUCCUCUAGCCGAGCCGUGGACUCCGCCGUGCUGCCCGAGAGAGAAAAACACCAUGCUGCUCUCCGCGCCGCCCAGGACAGUGGCAGCGAACCCUCACCACCACCACCACCACCACCACGGCUACACGGGCAACAGGACCGCCAAAAAGCAGGCGUAUGUGUCCUCCACCCAACAGAUGGCACCACCCAGUCCUAAUACCACUACCAGCAGCAGUAAUGGCAGCAGUAGUGGAGGUGACCAGCUAAGCAAAACCAACCUCUACAUCCGCGGCCUCCACCCUGGCACCACAGACCAAGACCUGGUUAAACUCUGCCAGCCGUACGGCAAGAUCGUGUCCACCAAAGCCAUUCUGGACAAGACCACCAACAAGUGCAAAGGCUAUGGCUUUGUGGACUUUGACAGUCCGGCGUCUGCGCAGAAAGCUGUGACCGCACUGAAGGCCAGUGGAGUUCAGGCUCAGAUGGCGAAGCAACAGGAGCAGGACCCCACCAACCUGUACAUCUCCAACCUGCCGCUGUCUAUGGACGAGCAGGAGCUGGAGAGCAUGCUGAAGCCCUUCAGUCAGGUCAUCUCCACACGCAUUCUCCGGGAUGCCAACGGUGCCAGCAGAGGCGUGGGCUUCGCCAGGAUGGAAUCAACAGAGAAAUGCGAAGCCAUCAUCCAGCACUUCAACGGCAAAUACAUCAAGACUCCACCUGGAGUGGCAGUGCCUACAGAGCCGCUGCUGUGCAAAUUCGCUGACGGGGGGCAGAAGAAACGGCAGAACCCGGGGAAAUAUCUUCAGAACGGGCGGCCGUGGACGCGAGAUGGAGAGACGGGUGGGAUGACACUAACGUAUGACCCCACUCCUGCCCUUCAAAAUGGGUUCUACUCCUCUCCUUACUGCAUCACUCCCAACAGAAUGAUUACACAAACCUCCAUCUCUCCCUACAUGCAUUCUCCUGUAUCAACGUACCAGGUACACAAUCCAUCCUGGAUGCACCAUCAGUCAUACCUCAUGCAGCCCACAGGCACGGUCCUAACGCCCACCAUGGACCACACUCUGUCCAUCCAGCCUGCUGCCAUGAUGGGGCCUCUCACCCAGCAACUCAGCCACCUGUCCCUGGGCAGCACCGGCACGUAUAUACCUGCAAACACAGCUAUGCAAGGGACUUACAUACCCCAGUACACCCAAGUGCCUCCUGCCAGCGUUUCAGUCGAGGAGAACGCCGUCCAGCAGCAGCAGGUUGCCAUAGAGACGCCCACAGAGCAUACAGCGUACUCCUACCAGCACGGCAAGUGAAAAGGAGCUAAUCCCUGCAGGAAUCAGCGGACAGGAGCUUUAGCGCAGGACACCUGCCUGCAGCGUCUCCUCUUUCUGCUGCUCUGGACAUCAAAGGAGCAGGCAUUGCCGAAGAGGACCAAAGGAUCCUGUCCCUUUGUCAAUAAAAGGAAAUAAGACAUUUAUUGUGCUGGAGACUCUUUCAAGAGUGGGAAGACCAAGCAAUGGACAGCAUAACCUUUUUUGGCAGCAGUAAAAAUAAAACAAGAUGAAGGAAGCUAUGGACUACAAGAACUCAAAAGCGGCAAACGCUCACAAAAACACACUCACACACAGCCGGUCACACACAAACACUUGAGAAAUGUUAUUUUUCUGCACGCAAAAUAUGACUUUAUUUUCUAGACCGCUCUGGGCAGCCCGAGCGGAGCAAAGAGAACGUCUCAGCACCAUGUCAUUUUAGAACCGUAGUAUUUUUUUUAAUCCUUUUCAUUUUUUGGUUUCCUUUUUGAAUAUUUUGACUGCUUUUUAAGUCUGUUGUAGAAGUAGAAUUUUUUGUACAUAGAAAAAUACGAUGUUUUUGCAAAGUGUUUUGCUGCGUUUUUUAUUGAAUAUCAAAGAAAGGUUUUAAAUGAAUUUAAGUAAAUGCUGAGCAAACUGCUAAAGUAUGACUGUAGAGCAGUUGUGAUUAAAAAAACAAAACAAAAAAAAAACAAACAAAAAAAUUAUGUUGGAAACGUCCACGUCACCCAGCAGUGUGACUCGACUCAUAGUUGCUAGCUGUGAUUAUGGUCAAACGCUCAGUUCAUUAACAGCUGAACUGAGACCCCGGUUGUCCUUCGGCCCCCUGCUGUUCUGCCUCUGUCCCUGCGAUGCUGCUUCGUCUCAGAACUGACGUCAUACUGUUUUGAGACAAUUUUAUUUAUUUGAGGUGAUUUUUUUUUUCCUUCAACACAUCGACAGACAGGAAACUUUCCAAAUGUUAUUCGAUUCGAGUAGAUCAUUGCCUUCUGCAUCUACUUUUCUGAUAUUUAAAAGCCAUUCUCCAUCUAUUUUUACUUUCUUAUUUUUUACAUUAUUUUAUAAUCUCCGUGCUCCACGGGUGAUGAGGAUAUUGAGGGCUUUGUCUGCCAAGUUGCAAAAUUCCAAAAUAAUCUUCCACGACAUCAAGUCCAUAGCUGCCUCAAUAUUCAUUCAUAUUGAUUACUCUGAUUUAUGAGUGCCUAUGUUUUAGGAUACAUGUCCUAUUAGCAAUAUCAGUUUUUAUCCACUCAGAGUUUAUCCAGUCUCUUAGAUGAUCCCUAAGAGGCUCUUAGUGUCUGGUUAAGGCUUGGUUUGGAUUCUGCUGUUAAGGAGGAUCUUCCCUUGAAAAUCUUUCGAAGCUUAGGAGAAAUUAUGUUCUCACUCUGAACAACAGCAAUGCUCUCGAACACCCCUUCAAAGAUCUGAAGCUUCUAAUGUCUCUUUCUCAAUAAAGCAGCUUUUAUGUCAACUA